GCACGUACACUCUUUCUCGACCGGCUGCUGUGGUAGAGGACGUUGGAGUCACACGGGAGAGAAACGAUACGUUUUAUUUAAUUCGUUUUUUUAAAGUGAGGCCCCACAAUCUCUGUCCAAUAUGUUCUCCCGCGUUGCAAGACCAACCAUCAGUGUUGCUCGGAGUCUUUCCACAUCUUCACAGAGCCAUGCUAAAGUGGCCGUAUUGGGUGCGUCGGGAGGUAUUGGCCAGCCGCUCUCGCUCCUGCUGAAGAACAGCCCUCUGGUCAGCCACCUGGCCCUCUACGACAUCGCUCACACUCCUGGCGUCGCUGCUGACCUCAGCCACAUCGAGACCCGCGCACAAGUCAAAGGUUACAUUGGUGCAGACCAGCUGGAUGCAGCGGUGAAGGGAUGUGAGGUGGUGGUCAUCCCUGCUGGAGUUCCCAGGAAGCCAGGCAUGACCCGUGAUGAUCUCUUCAACACCAACGCCACCAUUGUUGCCACCCUGGCUGACGCGUGUGCCCGUAACUGCCCAGAGGCCAUGAUCUGCAUCAUCGCCAACCCCGUCAACUCCACUAUUCCCAUCACAUCAGAGAUCUUUAAGAAGCACGGCGUGUACAACCCCAACAGGAUCUUUGGAGUCACCACACUGGACAUCGUCAGAGCCAACGCUUUUGUGGCUGAGCUCAAGGGGCUUGACCCAGCACGAGUGAAUGUGCCCGUGAUUGGAGGACACGCAGGAAAGACGAUCAUCCCCCUCAUCUCACAGUGCACACCAAAGGUGGAGUUCCCUGCUGAUCAGCUGGCGGCUCUGACUGGUCGGAUCCAGGAGGCAGGAACUGAGGUCGUCAAGGCCAAGGCUGGAGCAGGCUCUGCCACUCUGUCCAUGGCGUAUGCUGGCGCCCGCUUCGCCUUCUCCGUGCUGGACGCUAUGAACGGGAAGGAGGGUGUAGUGGAGUGUUCCUACGUGCGCUCCGAGGAGACCGAAUGCAAGUACUUCUCAACACCACUGCUGCUGGGGAAACACGGCAUUGAGAAGAACCUGGGCCUGGGCAAGCUGUCCGCCUUCGAGGAGAAGCUGGUGGCCGAUGCCAUCGGUGAGCUCAAGGGCUCCAUCAAGAAGGGCGAAGACUUUGUGGCAAACAUGAAGUGAGCGGGCGGUUCCAGUGGGUUCUCCGUCUGAGCCGGAGAACGAGCACUUAUUUAUGUAGUCCAGUCUCUUGUCUGUUGGGUUCGGAGCAUCUCCGAGUCAAGUCUUCAUCAUGAGCGAUGACACACAUAGCAGCUUGUUACUGAUCUCAAUCUCUCCAUGGCUUCAUCAAUAAACAGUGUCCUCUACCACA